UUCCUCAUCCAAACGCACAUAAAUUGACCCAUUCAUUCUCCCUGAUCCACCUUACCUACCGCCACCUUGUCUUGCCUACCGGCUACCACUGCCAAAUUUCUAAAAGCUACCCACUCAACAACCAUCUUUUCAUCCGAUUGUACCAAUCAGGAAUUUACCAACCCGAAUUUGGUUGGUGAAGUUUCAGACAUCAGAAAGAAAACCCAAAAUCCGAGUCGAUACUUGCUCGAGUCGCCCACCAACUACGCCCACCAAACCCCAAAUUUCCCUCCUUUUUCUGUUCUCGAGAUCCAAAUUCUCAAGGGGUCACCGAAAUUAUCAAGAUUUCAGGCACAAAGUCGGAGUGAUUCAAUUUCCGAGUAAGGUAAUGGCGCAGAUUACCAAAAUCUGCAGCGGAGCUCAAAGCCCGGGCUGUUUUCCCAGUAUAUCUGCAACUCGAAGCCCCAAAUCCCUCCCGUCGCGGGUUUCCUUUGGGUCAUCGCAUUCUGUUGGGUGUGUAGUAGGUUUAAAGCAAUGUCGACGACUGGGUAAUGUGGGUGCCGUUACCGCUCCUCCUCCUCUUCGGGUUUCGGCUUCGCUUGCCACCGCCGAGAAGCCUUCUAAGGUGCCGGAGAUCGUGUUGCAGCCCAUCAAGGACAUCUCCGGUACUGUAACUUUGCCCGGUUCUAAGUCUCUAUCCAAUCGGAUUCUCCUUCUCGCUGCGCUCUCUGAGGGUACAACCGUGGUGGACAACUUGUUGAAUAGUGAUGAUGUUCAUUACAUGCUUGGUGCACUGAAAACACUUGGACUCGAUGUGGAGCAUAACAGUGAACUGAAGCGUGCCAUUGUUAAAGGCUGUGGUGGUGUGUUUCCUGUGGGUAAGCAGGCAAAGAAUGAUGUUGAACUUUUCCUUGGAAAUGCUGGAACCGCAAUGCGACCGCUGACAGCUGCUGUUACAGUUGCUGGUGGAAACUCUAGUUACAUCCUCGAUGGAGUACCACGAAUGAGAGAGAGACCUAUUGGGGAUUUGGUUGUUGGUCUCAAGCAGCUUGGGGCUGAUGUCACUUGUUCUUCUACAAGUUGUCCUCCUGUUCAUGUAAAUGGAAAGGGAGGCUUACCAGGAGGGAAGGUUAAGCUUUCUGGGUCAAUUAGUAGUCAAUACUUGACUGCUUUGCUGAUGGCUGCUCCCUUGGCCCUUGGAGAUGUAGAGAUCGAGAUUAUUGACAAACUGAUUUCCAUACCGUAUGUGGAUAUGACUCUGAAACUUAUGGAACGGUUUGGAGUCACUGUGGAACACAGUGGUAGUUGGGAUCGUUUCUUUGUCAAAGGAGGUCAAACAUACAAGUCUCCUGGGAAUGCUUAUGUGGAAGGUGAUGCCUCAAGUGCCAGUUACUUCCUGGCAGGGGCUGCCAUCACGGGUGGCACUAUCACUGUCGAAGGUUGUGGAACAAGUAGUUUACAGGGAGAUGUAAAAUUUGCUGAAGUGCUCGAGCAAAUGGGAGCUAAAGUUACAUGGACAGAGAAUAGUGUCACUGUUACAGGGCCUCCACGAGACGCCUCUGGUAGAAAACAUUUACGAGCUGUUGAUGUAAACAUGAACAAAAUGCCAGACGUUGCUAUGACUCUUGCGGUGGUUGCUCUCUAUGCUGAUGGACCUACUGCCAUAAGAGAUGUGGCUAGUUGGAGAGUGAAAGAGACGGAACGCAUGAUUGCUAUUUGCACAGAACUCAGGAAGCUGGGAGCCACGGUCGAGGAGGGACCAGAUUACUGCAUAAUCACUCCACCCGAGAAACUAUUAAUUGCUGAAAUCGAUACAUAUGACGAUCACAGGAUGGCGAUGGCGUUCUCCCUUGCUGCUUGUGCUGAUGUACCAGUCACCAUAAGGGAUCCUGGCUGCACAAAGAAAACGUUCCCUGAUUACUUUGAAGUCCUUGAAAGGUACACCAAGCAUUGAGGUGAUACAAACUUGGAACUCCACCACCCAUACACGUUUUGCAGCAACUUGGCAACUUGUGGUAGGAGACAAAGUGGAAGGCAAAAUUAGUUUUGCUGUGUAGCAACUAGCAACAUUGUAAUGCAAGAAAGUUUAUGGUAGCAAUUGGUAGUUAUAUAAUCGCGCGAGAGAAUAAUGUUCGGGAAACCACUGGGAAAUGGGUUGUUAUUAUUAUUAUUUAUUUGUUGUGUAUGGAUUUUGUAGUUGUAUGAACAUUAAUAAGAACUUAGGGUCGUUUGGUUUUGGUGAUUGUUUGAUUGUGAUAGUUACAAUGCAUUGUCCACAAUACAUUGUUUUUUUAAUUUUUGCACAGACAAUAAAUGCA